UUUGGAUUCCCCUUUUUACGACGGUCAUGUGACCAGUCAAAAUGGCCGAGCCCCUGGAUCAAAAUUUUGCGAUAUUUUCGAUGAAAAAUUUCAUAUUCAGGAAGACCUGUGGUGUGUAGUUUGAAUCAUUAGUGGCGUUUAGAAGACAUUAUGUCGAGAAUUCAUUCAAAGUCUUCGAAAAGUCGGAGCGAUACUGCUGUUCAAGGGACUAACGACAAUAGCAUAGUGAGUAAGCAUUCCAUGGCCAGUCUUGGGUACUUCCAAGAUGACUUCUUACAAUAUGUGGUGGCAAAGAAACGAAGGCGAGCUCCUCUAAUAAAUAGGGGUUAUUACAUUCGGGCCAAAGUCAUAAACCACAUGAUCACCAAGUUUCUGCAGCAUCCAUCGGAUGGUCGAAAGAGACAGAUUCUUUCCCUUGGAGCUGGGUUUGAUACUGCAUAUUUUAGACUGAAGAGUGAGGGGCUUUUGGAGAAUUGUGUGUUUGUUGAGAUAGAUUUUCCUGAUGUUGUUAAAAGGAAGGCAGCAUCUAUACACCGUCAAAACAAGCUCAAUUGUCUUCUAGAAGAUGUGGAAACAUCAACCUCAUCACCACAAAUUGUGAUCAAUUCACCUGGCUAUAAACUCCUUGGCAUCGACCUGACAGACCUGCAGACUUUGCAAGCCUGCAUGAAAGCUUGUGACAUAGACUGCUCUCUACCGACUGCUGCGCUGUCCGAGUGUGUCAUCACAUACAUCUCUGCAAAGAAUUCGUCAAAGCUGAUCCAGUGGUGUAGUGACUACUUUGAAAAUGCUGUGUUCAUCACCUAUGAACAGAUCAAGCCGGAUGAUGCAUUUGGUAGAAUCAUGUGUGGUCAUUUUAAGAAGGUGGGAUCACUCCUUCGAGGAAUCUCAUCAUAUCCAUCCAUGUCAUCCCAAGAAGAACGCUAUCUUUCUUUGGGUUGGGAACAGUGCAGCACAUCUGAUAUGAACGUGUUCUUUGAUAGUCUUCAAAAAAAAGAAAGGGACCGGUUGGAUGCGCUGGAACCAUUUGAUGAGUAUGAAGAGUGGCAUCUCAAGUGUGCUCAUUAUAUUGUUCUUACUGCUGAGAAAGGAGACUGUAAGGGGGUUUACAAAACAGCUGAGACAACCACUGUAAACUCUACCAAGAUAGAACCUCCGACUCGUAAUGUAACAAUCAAAACAUUCAACCAAGAUGGCCCCUCCCUCCAGAGAGUCGGUCACACAUGCAGUGUUGUGGAUGGCAUUGCUGUGGUCACCGGUGGAUUUGGGUCUUCAGAUGGGAAGCACAAGCGCCUGAGUGAUGUUGUGGCCAUCGAUGUCAAAAGUGGAAGCAUGAUAGAUCUGAUUAAAGAUGAUAGCUAUGAGCUGAUAGGUGCGAGGAUGUUCCAUACUGCGACUCACAUUGGGAGCGGAACAGUACUUAUUUUUGGAGGACGAACUUCUCCCACAAGAGCCCUCGAUACUGGCCUCUUACUAAAGUUCACAUUCCAAGCCACUAACUCAGAUUCUGAGAAUAAGGACACUAACUAUGGGAAAGAAUCUGAUCGGCCUGAAAAUUGUGCUUUAAAUGAACAAUCAUAUGCUGAGAAACGAAGACUUGUUGAGGAUUGCAAUAGGACAAUGUGUUUGAAAUGUGAAGAACUGUUUAUGACUGGUGCUAUUCCGAGUGCUAGAUGGCGUCACAGUACCUCCUAUGUUCAAAUCAAAGGUCAAGACAAAGUGGUCGUGUUUGGUGGCCGAAGUCCGUCUCAUUCCAAUUUGGGUGACAUGUUCAUCCUGGAUGUUCAAACCUUCAACUGGGAGAAGGUUGAGGCAAAAGGCUCUCCUCCCUUCCCUCGCCAUUCGCACAGUGCUGCUGUCUGCAAUAACCUGCUUAUCAUCUCGGGCGGCCUGGGAAGUGACCUUCAACAUUUGAACUCUGUGCAUAUCUUAGAUACAGAAACCAUGUUAUGGAGAGAACUUGGCUGUGCUGGCCAGUUGAUUCCAAGGUAUUCACACACGUCCCAUGUUGCUGGUGAUAAACUAUGGCUUGUUGGUGGUAUCAUGCCAUCGGUCCAUCCACCAAUCGCAUUGACAUCGAUUGACUUAAUGGAUGGGACUGUGACAGAUUAUGCCAUGCCGUCUCAAACAGCUGGUUAUGACACACCCUGUCUGAUGCUGCAUAAUCAUUGUAGUCUGUAUCUACCAAGUAAUGGCGGAAAGAUCAUGAUUCUCGGAGGAGGUGGGAACUGUUUUUCAUUUGGGACACAUCUGAAUGACACUCCAGUUUAUCUCUCAGUUUGAUGAAGGUGGGAAAAUUAGUUAUCAUUAUUAAGUAAAGUCUUGGAAGUAAAGUGGUGAUGGUUCGAGGAUAGAAAGAGGCAGUUGGCGAGGCGAUCUCUCUGUCAUCACUCCUGUGUGUAAAUUAGUAUUGGAACAAUUAAGUUUCCCUUCAGGGUAAGCGAAGAAAUAAAUUAACU